AUGUAUCACCUCGCCAAGGGCCUAUAUCUCUAUGCGACCAGCAAAGAAGAAUACUCCGUCAUCGUCCUCGGUCUCGACAAUGCCGGCAAGACGACGUUCCACGAGCAGGUCAAGGCCAUGUAUAUGCCCGACGCGCCCGCGCCCAAGCUCAAGACGGUACCGACCGUCGGCCAAAACGUGUCGACGCUCACGCUGCCCGACAUGUACCUCAAGGUGUGGGACGUUGGCGGCCAGCACUCGCUGCGCCGUCUCUGGGAAAGCUAUUACACGAGCUGCCACGCCAUCGUUUUCGUAGUCGACUCGACCGACGUAGGCGACGGCACCCUCGAGCACGACGGCACCGGCGGCCGCCUCGAUGAGUGCCGCCGCGUCCUCGAGGACGUCCUCCAGCACUCUGACGCCGACGGCGUGCCCUUACUCGUCCUCGCUAACAAGCAGGACCGCGAAGACUGCGUCGAGACUAUCCGAAUCAAGGAGGGCCUUGUCAAAAGGGUCAUGGAGGGCGACAAGGGCGACAGCAUUCGCGAUACCCGCGUCCUCGCCAUGAGCGCUCUGACGGGGGAGGGCGUGCGCGAGGCCGUCGACUGGCUGCGCACGAGGGUGCAGUGGAAUAAAGAGUCUAGACCGCCCGUUAUGCGCUGA